AUGCAACCCCAAUAUUAGUCGCGAUUUGCGACAAUUUGUCACAGGCAGCAGACGGCGCGUUGUUGAUUUACCGUUGAUUCACGUUUGAUCAUCGUUGGAUGUAAACGAUUAUUUAUCGAGUCCUGAGACGAAUUUUUGAAUCAUUGCAACGCUAUCGAGCGAUCAUCAAUACUUUCGGUCACUUUUCACAGCAGCGAGCGAUUUUUUUUUUUUGCUUAACCUGCGAGGUAUUUUGCGUGCGUCGAUUAUGUGCGACAUACGCGAAAUAUUGACAAUGCCGCCCGAUUCCCAGCGGCUGAUGGAGAGAAUAAUAGAGGCGAUCAAGCAGCAUCCGGUUCUGUAUUGCAGUGAAGUAACUGGCUUCAGUGGCAAAAUAAAUUAUCUCAGACAGAAAGUCUGGGAGCGUAUCGCAAAUGAACUCGGAGUAGAACCAACAUGGUUGAAACUGAAGUGGAACAACAUUAAGGACACAUAUUCCCGCAUCAUAAAGCUCACUCUCUCCAAGACCGACGAAGAGAAUGCAACAAGAAGAAAGUGGUAUUUUGAAGAUCACCUGAGCUUCUUGAAAUUACCGUUUGAACCAGACUAUGUACCAUUUUGUUUGGAGCUGAGUAAGGAAUAUAUAGACGAAAUAUAUUCAAAUAAAACAACUCCUGAAGGUUUACUCGAACAGUUGGAAGAUCCAACUGAGGAGGAAUAUAAAGAUUAUGAGGUUCUGGAAGAAACACCCGGUGAACAGGAAGAGGAAACUGAAACAAUAGAGGUAUUGGACAACAGUGAGGACCAGUUGAUUAGUCAGAGUACGAAAACUCAGCAUGAGCAGCAGAUGCAACAAGAUGCUGACAGUUAUGUUCCACAGAAAAAGUCAAAGUAUCAGAAGAAAAAACUUCCGAAAAUGACAUCGUCCAUUCCUUAUAAAAAGCCAAAGAAUUCAAUUCUUAAAACCGGCAAUGAUACAAGUUUAACAAACAAUACUAAUAACACAGCUUCUAUUUUUAUGGCAAAUCAACUGCUGGCGAAGGAAUUGAAGAAGGAAUUUAAGAACAACAAUAAAGACAUUGAGAUGAAUCUUGAGCAAGUUUACGUGACUCCUGAGAACAAGAGUAGUAUAGAACUGUUUUUCGAGAGCAUGGCGCAGACGGUGAAGAAGUUACCGCCAAAAGCACAAGCGGAUAUCAAGUUAAAUAUUUGCAAGAUCGUUACGGAAGCAGAAGUGGAAUAUGUAAAUUCAGGUCAGAAUGCAGCGAAGAACACUCAACACUUAGUGAAAUCGUCCUCUGUGUUACCAAAAAUGGUACUGAUACCUUGCAACAUGUUAGAUAAGAAAGAUAGUAAGAAGCAACAGUUCUAAUUUCAAACGAUCAUUGCAGUGUAUUUUGUUUCUUUUACAUUUGCAAAUGUAUUUUUAUUGUUUAGUGUGAAAUUAUAACUAUUGUGUUGUGAAUCACUGAAUAGUUUGCCAAAAAUAUCAGGUACUUAUUUUUAUAUUAUUUAAGAUAAUUAAGACAGUACUGUAUGCGCGGUCGGAAAAAUCGGAACAAUAUGAUGAUGAUCUCUCACCGUAAAUCUUUUCCGUUCCGAUUCUUCGAUUUGCAUUUGACCGCAUUCUGACACUAUCAAGAUUUAGAAAAAACUGUUAAAAACUUAAGUAAUGUAGUUAAUUAUCAAAUGUGUUUAUAGACAAACAGAUAAAUGUAUGUAUUUUUCCUAGCAUUUUAAUUUGUUUUUAGCGUAUGUUAUACGUAAGACAUAUAAAAAAAAGUUGCAUCAAGAAUUUUGCAAACUGUAUUUUUGCUUGUUGCUUGUUUGGUGGCUGUGUGAAUGUGUAUGUAUAUACACA